CGGCUGGCCGCGGCCAUGUCGUCCGUGAGCGCGAUCCAGAUCCCGAGCCGGCUGCCCCUGCUGCUGACCCACGAGGGCGUCCUGCUGCCCGGCUCCACGAUGCGCACCAGCGUGGACUCGGCCCGCAACCUGCAGCUGGUGCGCAGCCGCCUGCUCAAGGGCACGUCGCUGCAGAGCACAAUCCUGGGCGUCAUCCCCAACACCCCCGACCCGGCCAGCGACGCGCAGGACCUGCCGCCGCUGCACAGGAUUGGGACAGCUGCACUGGCCGUUCAGGUAGUGGGCAGUAACUGGCCCAAACCCCACUAUACCUUGCUGAUCACCGGUCUCUGCCGAUUCCAGAUUGUUCAGGUAGUAAAGGAGAAACCAUAUCCUGUCGCAGAAGUUGAACAGUUGGACCGGCUGGAGGAAUUUCCAAGCCCAUCUAAUUCUCAGGAGGAACUUGGAGAACUUUCUGAACAAUUCUAUAAAUAUGCAGUACAACUGGUGGAAAUGUUGGAUAUGUCUGUUCCUGCUGUUGCUAAAUUGAGACGUCUUUUAGAUAGUCUGCCGAGGGAAGCAUUACCAGACAUCCUCACUUCAAUUAUCCGCACAAGCAACAAAGAGAAGCUCCAGAUUUUGGAUGCUGUGAGCCUAGAGGAGAGAUUCAAAAUGACCAUACCUUUGCUGGUAAGACAAAUUGAAGGCCUUAAAUUGCUUCAGAAAACCAGAAAACAUAAGCAGGAUGAUGAUAAGCGGGUUAUAGCUAUACGUCCCCUCAGGCGGAUCACACACAUUCCUGGCGCUUUAGAAGAUGAAGAUGAGGAUGAAGAUAAUGAUGAUAUUGUCAUGUUAGAAAAGAAAAUCCGAACAUCUAGCAUGCCAGAGCAAGCUCAUAAAGUCUGUGUCAAAGAGAUAAAGAGGCUAAAAAAAAUGCCUCAAUCAAUGCCAGAAUAUGCCCUUACUAGAAAUUAUUUGGAACUUAUGGUGGAAUUACCUUGGAACAAGAGUACAACUGACCGCCUUGAUAUCCGGGCAGCCCGAAUUCUUCUGGACAACGAUCAUUAUGCCAUGGACAAGUUGAAGAAAAGGGUGCUGGAAUACUUAGCUGUCAGGCAGCUGAAGAACAACCUGAAGGGCCCAAUCCUAUGCUUUGUUGGCCCCCCUGGAGUUGGCAAAACAAGUGUAGGAAGAUCAGUAGCAAAGACCUUGGGUCGAGAAUUUCACAGGAUCGCACUGGGAGGUGUAUGUGAUCAGUCAGACAUUCGAGGACACAGGCGCACCUAUGUUGGCAGCAUGCCUGGUCGUAUAAUCAAUGGCUUGAAGACUGUUGGAGUCAACAAUCCAGUGUUCCUGUUAGAUGAGGUUGAUAAACUGGGCAAAAGUCUGCAGGGAGACCCUGCCGCCGCCCUGCUUGAGGUCUUGGAUCCAGAACAGAACCAUAACUUCACAGAUCAUUACCUAAAUGUGGCCUUUGACCUCUCCCAGGUCCUUUUUAUAGCUACUGCAAACACUACAGCUACUAUUCCACCUGCUUUGUUGGACAGAAUGGAGAUCAUCCAGGUGCCAGGGUAUACACAGGAAGAGAAGAUAGAAAUUGCCCACAGGCACCUGAUCCCUAAGCAACUGGAACAGCAUGGGUUGACACCUCAGCAGAUUCAGAUUCCUCAAGUUACCACUCUUGACAUCAUCACCAGGUAUACCAGAGAGGCUGGUGUUCGUUCUCUGGACCGAAAGUUUGGUGCAAUUUGCCGAGCGGUGGCUGUGAAAGUGGCUGAAGGGCAGCACAAAGACACAAAGCUGGAGCGCUCUGAAGGCACUGAGGGAGAAGGGUGCAGAGAACACCUCCUGGAAGAUGCAAAACCCGAAUCCAUCAGUGACACACCCGACCUGGCCCUGCCACCUGAAAUGCCUAUCUUAAUUGAUUUCCACGCACUGAAAGAUAUCCUGGGGCCACCGAUGUAUGAAAUGGAGGUAUCUGAGCGUUUGAGUCAGCCAGGGGUUGCAAUAGGCUUAGUCUGGAGUCCAUUAGGUGGGGAGAUCAUGUUUGUGGAAGCAAGUCGAAUGGAUGGUGAAGGUCAGUUAACAUUGACUGGACAGCUGGGAGAUGUCAUGAAGGAGUCUGCACACCUCGCUAUCAGUUGGCUGCGCAGCAAUGCAAAGAAAUAUCACCUGACUAAUGCUUCUGGAAGUUUUGAUCUGCUUGACAACACAGACAUCCAUCUGCACUUCCCAGCUGGAGCUGUCACAAAAGAUGGACCAUCUGCUGGAGUUACUAUAGUAACCUGCCUUGCCUCACUUUUUAGUGGGCGGCUGGUGCGUUCAGAUGUAGCCAUGACUGGAGAAAUUACACUGAGAGGUCUUGUUCUUCCAGUAGGUGGAAUUAAAGACAAAGUCCUAGCAGCACACAGAGCUGGACUGAAACGAAUCAUCAUUCCACAGAGAAAUGAAAAAGAUCUUGAAGAGAUUCCAAGCAAUGUGCGCCAGGAUUUGACUUUUAUCACAGCAACCUGCCUAGAUGAAGUUCUGAAUGCAGCUUUUGAUGGAGGUUUUUCAGUCAAAACUAGGCUUGGUCUCAUGAAUAGUAAACUUUAAGCAGAUUGACCAAAACUUCAAGUUUUUUAAGUUUAAAAACAGGAAUGAAGUACCAAAAUUAAACUUUCUAAUCACUUUCUGGGGGUAUACUGCUUGCUUGCUGAUUGAUCACUAAUGAGUGGAUCAUAUUUAAUUACAAUAGUAAUUAAUGAGAUGUGAUUGUAUUAGCUAACAUGUAAGCAGAUGGUUAUUUAAUAAACUAAUAUUAAUCUGUAUCAGA